AUGAAGGCCGUCGCCCUUUUUGUCUCCCUGGCUGCCGGCCUGGCCGCGGCCCAGAGCGUCGGUGACAUCCCCGAAUGCGCGAAAAAGUGCGCCACCGGGCUGCUCGAGAAAAAGGUUGGCGACUGCGAGACGACGGACAUUGGGUGCUUCUGCCGGAACAAGGACUUCAUCAACAACAUUGUCUGCUGCAUCGACCAGGCCAAGUCCUGCACCCAAGACGAGCUCGAGAAGACGCUCUCGUUCGCCAGGAAGCUGUGCAGCACCUCCAACGUCCAGCUGCCCGACACCGUGCCCAAGUGCAGCAGCAGCAGCAGCGCCUCGGGCUCCGCGACGGGCGGCAGCAGCAGCACUGCCGCGUCGACGGCCUCGGGCGGCGGCGCCUCGGCUACCACCACGGGCACGGCGGGGGCCGCGUCGGGUACGACCAAGGCCGCGUCGUCGUCGUCGACGGCUGCCGCUGCUGCGAUUGGCGGUGGCAGCGUGGGCGGGCUCGCGGGUGCUGUGCUGGCCGUGCUGGCCGCCAUGUAA